AUGAGUUCUUCAUCGUCUUCGCGCAAGUCGCGCAGAACAACUAGCAUCUCCAAUGUCAUGUACACCAACGCGGUCUACUUCCCCAACGAACGGAUAUACCAAGGCGACACGCCGGGCGCCAUGAACUAUGGCUGCAUCAACCAUGUGUAUUACGCCUUUGCCAAUAUCUCGCCUGAUGGAGGUGUUUUCCUGAGCGACGAGUGGGCCGAUGCUCGCGCACCAGUCGAUGGCGUCCAGGGUGGCCUAGGGUCUCUCAUGCACCUCAAGCAGAAGCAUCCCCAUUUGCAAGUGAUUCUAUCCAUCGGGGGCGGCAAUUCCAGUGCCGUGUUCCCCGUGAUAGCUGCGAACACACUCUACAGAGACAACUUUGCCCGGUCUGCGAGAGGCCUGGUCGACGCGUCGGGCUUGGAUGGCAUUGAUAUUAUGUGGGAGUAUCCUUGUGAUUCUCAGCAGGGCCACCAUUUCCUGGCUCUGUUGGCGGCUGUUCGCCUUCAUAUGCCCGAAAGUCAUUAUCUCCUUACUGCUGCGUUACCUGCCAGCCGAGCGAUCUUGCAAUACAUCGAUCUGCAACGAACGGCCGACUACGUCGACUACCUCAACCUCAUGGCGUACGACUUCGCCGGCACGUGGACACACAGAAGCGGCCAUCACGCGCAAUUGUAUGCAAUGAGCAAGGACGAAACCUCGGGCGCAUCAACCGUGCAGUAUCUGGUCUCGCAAGGCUUUCCCUCGCAAAAGAUCCUCCUCGGCAUUCCCCUCUACGGUCGCAGCUUUCUUCAUGCCACUGGGCCGGGACAGAAGUUCAAGGGAAGUGGCGGGAGCAAUGGGACAUUCGAGUACAACCAACUUCCCCGUCGGGGGACGAAGGAAGUCAUUGACAAGAAGUCUAUCGGGGCCCAAUGCGUCGGAGCAGAUGGCGGCUUCGUCACUUAUGAUAACCCCGAUACGGUGAAGAUGAAGGCUGCAUUUUGCAAACAGAAGAGCCUAGGAGGACUAUUCUACUGGAGCGGACCAGCAGACGCAAAGGAGAGCUCACGGAGUCUCAUAGCCACCGGAUUCAGAGCUCUGCAUAGUUCCUGA